GUGGGUGCAUGUGAGCUUAAACAGUCUGACAUCCUACAGGUCUUUCUAACAGGAAUCACAGGAUAGAGAGGUAAGGAGAGAUGGUGAUAAUUACAUGGCUUUGGUCAGAAUGAAUUUGGACCUGGUUGGAUUGUUGGUGGAUUAUAGCCGAACUUUACUAUUCAAGCUGCACCAGGGAGGUGAGGGGAAACUGUGGGACUGAGCAGCGGUUAUUGUGAAGCUCACCUCCUCUGGUCUCUGGGCAGUCACUGUGGUGACAACAAGCGCACGGCAGGCAGGUCACAUGGUCUUGAAGUCAGAUUUCAUUCUGAAUCAUCUGACUUUCAGUUUGCAAAGUGUUCCACAGGGGCCCCCGCCUUCUUCUCUCUCGACCCUACAGGGACUUUUUUAAACUGGGAUUUAAAUGUGCAUCACAUGAACUUAAGCUGGGGUACAGCUCUCAGGUGGUACUCCAGCACUCUAUAAGAGGUCUGCAAGUGGAGCAGAUUUAGAGUGGCAUUAGUUUGGACCCCAGCACGACCUGAUCCCGUCCACCAAUGCGACGCUCCAGCACUGACGAGUCGCCCUACCGGCGCAGCCCAUCCCUGGACAGCAAGCCGGGCUCACCCCCUCUCCGCUCUGGCUUCCACCGAUACGGCAGCGAGUAUGAGUGCAACAGUACCCCCUUCGGGUUUGGCUUCCACACCACCCCGGGUCCGCAGGCCGCCAAGGGCCACUACACUACGGCGCAGGGGAAGAAGUACGUGGUGUUCUACCUUGACCUGUCCUUCAUCUUCCUCCUAGAGCUGCGACACUGCAGGAUGGCGGAGGGAUGCAUGCGUGGCCUUCGCUACGGCAUGGUCUUCUUCAACCUGCUCUUCUGGCUAGGGGGUUGUGGGAUACUGGGGGUGGGGGUGUGGCUGUCAGUCACUCAGGGCAACUUUGCCACCCUGUCCUCCUCCCUCCCAUCCCUUUCCGCCGCCAACCUCCUUAUAGCCGUGGGGACAAUUGUCAUGGUGAUCGGUUGCCUGGGCUGCGUGGGAGCUGUGAAGGAAAGUCGCCCCCUGCUGUUGAGUUUCUUCAUUCUGCUCCUCCUGAUCUUCCUCCUGGAGAUACUGUCCAUCAUCUUCUUCUUCGCCUAUCAGGAUCAGAUAGAUCACUAUGCGCAGGCUGAUCUAAAGCGAGGGCUGCAGCUGUUUGGCACUGAGGGCAAUGUGGGCCUGACCAACGCCUGGAGCAUUGUGCAGACAGAUUUCCGUUGCUGCGGUGUGACCAAUCAUACGGACUGGUUUGAGGUGUACAACACCACACGUGUGCCAGACUCCUGCUGCCUUGAGUACAGUGACAACUGUGGCCUGGAGAACCCAGGAACAUGGUGGACAGCGCCGUGUUAUGAGCGGGUUAAAGGCUGGCUGCGGGAGAAUCUGGUGGCAAUGUGGAUCUUUGCCCUGUGUACCGCACUCACUCAGAUUCUGGGCCUGGUCUUCUCCAUGACGAUGUUCUGCCAGACUGUGAAAGUUGACACCUUCUACGCCUAGAUCUCCUACAAUGCACUGCUUCAAGGACAACGAAAGUGUGCUCACAUGGGGUUUACCUGCAGGCAAAAAGCUAGGAAUGUGAUACUUGCAGACUAAUCUUUUCUCUUCCUCACUGACUUCUC